AUGGAGAGCCUGGCGCAGCCCCCGCCGCCUCCGGGCUCACUGAAGACGGGCGACGGGGGCGCUGCCAGCCCACUCCUCCUGGAAGAGGCGGUGGAAGGCGAGGGCGGCUGCAGGGACGGGCCGGCCGCGGCUGAGGAGGGCGGCGGACGGCAUAGCCCUUCUCAGCCGGACGCUUCUGCCCCAGCCCCUCAGACGGCGUCUCCCUUACGGGCCACGGAAGGUAGUUUGCUAGCUGCGGAUGGCGAGGGGUUGCUGGCGCCGGAGAGCCCCGGAGCAGCGCCUACCUCGGAAAGCGGUUCCGUGGGGGCUGGCUCUGGGAGCAGCGGGGCUCCCAGCCUGCCAGGGGAGGAGUCCCGGAGCCUGGACUCCCUGGAGUCCUUCUCCAACCUGCACUCAUGCUGUCCGAGCAGCUCCGAACUCAACAGCGACGUUGAGGAGGCAGUAGCGGCGGGGGGUUCCUCCGGGGGCCCGGCCCCCGAGCCUGAAGGGGAUAGGCCUGCGGCGGGCUCCCAGCUCCUCUCCGCCUCCAAGGAGCGCUUCCCGGGCCAGUCGGUGUAUCACAUCAAGUGGGUCCGCUGGAAAGAGGAGAACACGCCUGUCAUCACCCAGAACGAGAACGGACCUUGUCCGUUGCUGGCCAUCAUGAACGUACUGCUCCUGGCUUGGAAGAUUAAGCUGCCACCAAUGAUGGAAAUCAUAACAGCUGAACAGCUGAUGGAAUACUUAGGAGACUAUAUUCUUGAUGCAAAGCCUAAAGAGAUAUCUGAAAUUCAGCGUCUGAAUUAUGAGCAGAAUAUGAGUGAUGCAAUGGCGAUUCUGCAUAAGUUACAGACGGGUCUGGAUGUCAAUGUGAAGUUUACAGGUGUGCGAGUGUUUGAAUACACACCUGAAUGCAUAGUGUUUGAUCUUCUUGAUAUCCCCUUAUACCAUGGAUGGCUAGUGGACCCUCAGGUUGCUGACAUAGUAAAAGCAGUUGGUAACUGCAGUUACAAUCAGCUAGUGGAGAAGAUCAUCUCUUGUAAACAAUCAGACAACAGUGAACUGGUCAGUGAAGGAUUUGUAGCUGAGCAAUUUCUAAAUAACACAGCUACACAGUUGACAUACCAUGGACUGUGUGAGUUGACUUCAGCUGUCCAGGAGGGAGAGCUUUGCGUCUUCUUCAGGAACAACCAUUUUAGCACCAUGACCAAAUACAAGGGUCAGCUUUACCUGUUGGUGACAGACCAGGGCUUCCUUACAGAAGAGAAGGUUGUCUGGGAAAGUUUACACAAUGUGGAUGGUGAUGGAAAUUUCUGUGACUCUGAAUUCCACCUACGGCCUCCAUCAGACCCGGAAACUGUUUACAGAGGGCAGCAGGAUCAGAUAGAUCAAGAUUAUCUGAUGGCAUUGUCUCUACAACAAGAGCAGCAAAAUCAAGAGAUUAACUGGGAACAAAUCCCCGAAGGAAUCAGUGAUCUAGAGCUAGCAAAAAAGCUCCAGGAAGAGGAGGACAGGAGAGCUUCUCAGUACUAUCAGGAACAAGAGCAAGCAGCUGCUCAGGUCCAGCAGGUGCAAGCUGCUGCUUCUCCAGCAAGCGGAAGACAAUCUGGGAGUAAUGAACGCAAACGUAAAGAGCCAAGAGAGAAAGAGAAAGAGAAGAACAGCUGUGUUCUCUUGUAAGAGAAACUGGAUUUAGUCUGGAGCCAAGUGCAUGUCCUCAGAAGCUAAAACAAGGAAUGAAAAGGAAGACAAACCUGUUACAUGCCGCCUGUGCCUGAUUACCCCAUGGAUUUUGUUCAUGUUUCAAGAGAGGAUGGGUGACUUUGUUACAAUCACACAGACUUUCUUCAGAGUCAGUGUGUGCUGCUCAAGAAGGAAUUCCAAAUCACAGUUGGAUGUGGCUGUGCUUUGAGCUAGUCAUAAGAAAUACUGCACCUUGUAGCUGAACACACAAAUCAUGGCAAGUUUUGUGUCAUAGUGACAUCCAUUACUCAUUACAUCAGUUAGUAAGCUAUUUUAUCUUCUACUCUAAGCAAAGGAGGUAAUUCUUUCUGUGUAAGACUUUUUCUUGAAGUCUGUACACUAGCACAAGAGUUCUGUGUUACUUACAAGGUAUGAAACUGUAUCUGAGAUUGGGUAUAAUCUUCACAAGAGAAGAGCCCAAAUAACAGCUGGGCACUGCCUCCUCAGUAUGUCCAGAUUUCUUUGCUUCUGGAUCUGGUAUGUUCGUUUUUUUUGAACCCGGAUUUAUACUGUUACUGCUAUCAUUGCACCUCCCAGCCAGCUUUCUUGCCCCAAGAAUAAGUGACUUCAUAGGCAUUAUACUAAAAAUUGUUAUAGAAAAUUGGACGCUUAUUAAUAAGCAAGAUGAAUAUUGUUUGCUUUUCUUGAAAUUACAAAGUGGGUAUAGCAACUCAGAUGUUAUCAGGGUUAAACAAGUAAUUUUAUAGGCAACUACUUUUUCUUUCAGUAUUUUUUUCUCUUGUAGGUGAACUGGACCAGAUAAGUUCUUAUUUAUUGACCUCUCCAUAUGAUAGGUGAAUGAUAAGAGGAAAGUAAGGUCUAUAAUAAUCGUAAUUCUAUGUAAGAAUGCAGAGUUACUAACUAUCUGCCUUUUUUCCAGAAGUACCUUGAACUUUAACAUGACGUUAACAUGUCCACUUGUGUAUGUAAGCAAGUGUACUGUAGUUAGAAACACUUCUGUUCAUUUUAUAAAUCACGUAUCCUUAAAAAGCACACUUCUGAAGGGUAAGAGAGAAGCAAGGCUGCUCUCUGAGAUUGUUUGGAAAGGUGGUCAGGUGUAAUAGUUCUGUUUAAAUCACUAAUUUAGAAUUUUUGGAAACCAGAUUUUUCUAAUUUAUGGGAACCAAAUAAAGAUAUUGUGUCUUGUAGUAUUUAUAGACAAUGCAGAAACAGAAUACUUGCUGAAUUUUGAGGGAACCACAAAUCUUAUCCAUUUCCAUUCAGUCAAUAACAAUUACCUUCUUGCUGAACCUUUUUGAUAAAAAUCUUUAUUUAGCAAUUUGUAGAUAUUUUUAAAAGGCUACUUCUCCUGGACAAGUUAUGAGUUCAUGCUCUAAGCCUGGGUAAGUGCAUUAAUGUACAAUAAACUGGGAAAGCCAAGGCAGCCAGAUGGAAUAUGACAUUCCUGGUUUCAGGUGUUUGGAGAAUGUAAGAGAGUGGGUGUCAAAACUUAAGUUCACUGGUAAAAUGCUGCUUUAUUUCAGGCAGCCUUGCUGCAGAGAUGGGAACCAGUCAUCACAUAAAUCUGUUAUGAACCUAGAAUGGAAACUAGAUGGAUAAAGGAAGAAUGUCUUAUUAACUGAAGGGCCACUUCUUUCUUCCAUGCCUUUUUCUUUUGCUUGUGGGGUUCUUUUGUGGGUCUUGGUUUUGUUGUUCUUUUUUUCACGUUUGUUACAAUUUCCCUUUUAUAAUAAUGUAGUGAACAGCAGGAGGUCUGUGAUACACAAAUUGUAAAUUUUUUAAGUUCUCUGUUCUCCAGAAAAGUCAUGUCCAGAAAGGUAAUUUUAAUACUCAAUGUAUUAGAUGAUUUUCUAUGUCAAAGCAAAGGUCAAUGUCUUCUUUCCUUUGCAGCAUCCUAACUUCUUCAAACAGAUUGCUGUGAUGGAGGAUCACCAACAUAAUGACUUACCUACUUUAAGCAAAUAAGAAAAUAUUUAAAUAGUGUCAAUAACAAAGACUUAAAACCAGAAUGUUGUUUAAAAACAUUCUCUUACUAAGAUUUUUUUU